AUGGAAGGCAUGCUGCACGGCGUGCCGUUCCUGUGCUGGCCGUACUUCGCUGACCAGUUCGCCAACCAGAGCUAUGUGUGCAACGUGUGGGGCACCGGCAUCAAGCUUUGCCGAGACGAGCGAGGGGUCGUCACCAAGGAGGAGAUCGAGAGCAAGGUGGUGCGGCUGCUCGGCGACCAGGGGGUCAAGGCGAGGGCUGCGACGUGGAAGGACAAGGCUUGUGCGAGCAUUGCAGAGGGAGGGUCCUCGCAUCAGUGCCUUCUCAAGCUUGUGAACUUGCUCGGAGAGGUGGGAUCCCAUCCCAUCACCGUGUGA